GAAUCAUAAUUAAUCAUGAAUACACCAAGUACCCAAAAUAAUGCUGAUGACCAUCAUCAUCAUACGUCUUCUGUGCAUGAAUCAACUGCAAUCGGUGAAAAUUGUCCAAGUUGUCGUGUAGUCAGUUCAGUUAUUCCAAUAACUUUAUCCGCCUACAUUAUGUAUGUGUGUAAGGAUCAAAUAUUUAAAUAUGCCGGUGCACAAAAAGUUUCUUAUUUGACAAUAUGUACUGGGAUGUCCGUAGGUUUACUAUACCUUGGUGUACGCCAGCUGUUUCGUCACUGAAGCACAGAAAUUGACUGUGAAAUUCUUGUGCAUUUCGAAGUGUAUGUUUCUGUUUGUAUGUUUGUUUGUUUGUACAUAGCACUUCUUGUCAAGAUUCAUUUUCACUAUUGUUCAUCUAUCUAUCUGUAUAAUAAUUAUUAGAUCUUAUUUUAUAAAGAUUGAUUCAUGGA